AUUACUUCCUUUUUCCUAUCUUUCCCAACGUGAGAUUAUCGUCGCGUGUGUUCUGUAGUCUUGUAAUCAGAUUUCAUCCACAUUUUUCGUUGAAAAUCUUCAACUAAAACUAUCACAAUGCCUCCAAAGUUUGAUCCAAAUGAAAUAAAAAAAGUAUUUCUUCGGUGCGUUGGUGGUGAAGUAGGAGCUACCUCUUCUCUUGCUCCAAAAAUUGGUCCCCUUGGUUUGUCUCCUAAAAAAGUUGGUGAUGACAUUGCCAAAGCUACUAGUGAUUGGAAAGGUUUAAAAAUCACAGUGCAGCUGACUAUUCAAAAUAGACAAGCCACUAUUUCAGUUGUGCCAUCUGCGGCUUCUCUGAUAAUUAAAGCGCUCAAGGAGCCACCCAGGGACCGCAAGAGGCAGAAGAAUAUAAAGCACAGCGGCAAUUUGACAUUUGACGACAUUGUUAUUAUAGCUCGUGCUAUGAGAUCAAGAUCGAUGUCGCGAACACUCAGUGGCACUGUCAAAGAGAUCUUAGGCACAUGUCAGUCAGUUGGAUGCACAGUGGAGGGCAGGCCACCUCAUGAUCUCAUAGAUGACAUUAAAGCUGGAGAGUUGGAAGUCCCUGAAGAAUAAUUUUUGACUUUUGUAAGGCGCAGAAAAUAAAAACGUUUUAAAAAAGA